CUAGCAAAAUGCCGACCAAGGCGGUUUUCCCCACCUUCUACAACAAGGAGACGAAGAUCUGGAGUGGCCCCCCGAGGCCCACGAUGUAUGACCUCAACACUUCCAUUGGUCAGAUCGUCUUCAACUCCCUCAGGUGCUGGCCCACCAAUGUGAUUCAGAUCACCGACGACGAUGGCACCGUCCUGACUAACGCCGACAUGCUGGCCUAUGCCACCCGGAUUGCCCUGUUCUUCAAGAGCGAGGGUCUGACCCAGGAAGACCGCGUCGGAAUCAUCGCCAACUCCAGCACCUUUGUGAUCCCCGUGGCCACCGCCUGCUUCUUCCAAGCCACGCCCUUCCACGCCGUCAACUACUCCAGGGAGCCAGCCAUUGUCAAGGGACUCUUCUCGGUGACCAAGCCCAAGAUCAUGUUCAUCGACGGAUCCGACUACGAGCGCAUCAAGGAGAUCACCCAGGAGUGGUCCCCGAAACUGAUCACGCUCACUGGAAAAGUGGAGGGCGUGACAAGCAUCGAGGAUCUGGUUAAGCCCCAUCCCGCCGAGAAGAUCUACGUUCCCGCUUCCUUGGCCAAUGGAGGUGACCAAAUCGCCGUAGUUCUGUGCUCCUCCGGCACAGCCGGUUUACCCAAAGCAGUGGCUCUCUCCCACCGCCACAUCGCAUCCACCAACUCGCUAUGCAUCAGUACCGAUGUGCUGUACACCAGUGCCACGAUCGACUGGAUGACAGGAUUCUCGAUCACCGUUAUGAAUCUCACUUGUGGCUUCACUCGCAUCAUCUCCAGAAAGACAUUCAGUGCCGAGACCGCUCUCUAUAUGAUCAACAAGUACAAGGUCACCUGCCUGGCGAUGGCUCCUUGGCAGGCCUACGAGCUCUACACCAGCCCACUGGCCACUCCAGAGAAACUGCAGUCCUUGACCAUAUCCUUUGUAAUCGGUGGAUGGAUAUCCCUGGCGUUGCUGCGAAGGGCCCAGGAGCUGAUGCCCAAGACCUACGUCAUGUUCUCGUACGGAACCACGGAAACCGGCGUGGUCACCAUAAACAUCGAUCACGGUCUGGAAUGCUCAGUGGGCAGACUGGCUCCCGGCAUGAGGAUCAAGGUCCAGGGAGAGGACGGCCAGCUGUUGGGCGUGAACCAGACAGGUGAAGUGCUCAUCGAUAUCGGCUUGAGGUGGGAGGGAUACCUCUCCAACCCCGAGGAUACGGCCACCACUCUACAGAAUGGCUGGAUCAACCUGGGCGAUCUGGGCUACUUCGACGAGGACAACAACCUGUACCUGGUGGACCGCAAGAAGGAUCUGCUGAAGUACAAGUCCAAGCACUACUGGCCCAAUGAGAUCGAACAGAUCAUCGCCGAGCUUCCGGAGGUGGAGCACGUCUGCGUGGUGGGAGUUCGCGAUGCGCGGUACGGCGAUGCCGCCGGAGCCCUGAUCAUCAAGAAGGAGGGCGCCGAGAUCGCCGAGCAGAAGGUGAUCGACCACGUGGCCCAGCGCGUGGUAGUGGACUACAAGCAGCUGAAUGCCGGAGUCAUCUUCGUGGACAAGUUCCCCAAGAAUGCCAACGGCAAGGUCAUGAGGAGCUUGGCGCGCGAAGUUUUCGAGAAAACCAAGCCCAUUACCUUCUAAUAUUACUUAAGAGAGUACUUUAAAAAUUGAGUUACCUGCUUUUAAUGUAAAGAAAUGUUUAAGUCGUUGUUUGUUGCUAAUUCGAAAUAAUUAAAACUUAAAUUUGUUGUUAGAUUACGUCUGUC